AGAAAUCGUUCCUCCUUCAUCCAUUAGUCACAGAAAGAAAUAAAGCUCUCAACAGAAUGGGCAGCAAUAAAGGUGAUAAAACACAACCUAAACAAGAAAUCAGGCUUGGAGGAAACAGGGCAGCGCUUUUUGUUUACUCUACGGAAGCACUUGAGAAUAUGGCAUUUAUUUCCAAUGCCGUGAGCUUGGUAACUUAUUUCUACGGAUACAUGAACUUCAGCUUAACAAAAUCCGCCAAUACGCUUACCAACUUCUUGGGGACUUCAUUCUUACUAGCACUCUUUGGAGGAUUUAUCACAGAUACAUAUUUGUCAAGAUUCAAGACCAUUGUCCUGUUUGGAUCCAUUGAGUUGGUGGUAAUGUUCCUCACGAUCCUCACACUCAAACUUUACGAUCUUCACGUCUUCAUCCACAUGAAAGCACUUUUUAAUUGCCGCAAUAUAUUCUAUUACAAUGAUAUAUCUUCUUGUUAA